GAGUUUCUAUCAACAUCUUUGCCACACAUGCACCCAAAAAAAAUCCCUAAUUCCUAUAAUUAGGCCUUUGUAACUCUAAAUUCCCCUUACUCACAUAGUAGCACAACCUUUAUUCCCCAAUCAAAUAUCAUUAGUAUUAAAUAUCCAUGGCCAAAGCCCUAGCUCCAAACUAACCAAAAAAACCAAAAAUGGAGUCCGAUCUCCUCACCUUAGACCUCAACCUCCCGGGCGACGUGGUCGAAUCAUCGGAGCCACGCGUCUUCUCAUGCAACUACUGCAACAGGAAAUUCUACAGCUCCCAAGCGCUCGGGGGCCACCAAAACGCCCACAAGCGGGAGCGCACCAUGGCGAAGAGGGCCGGGGCCGCCUACACGCACCAUGAGGCGCUCGGCUACCCUAGCAUGGCUUCGCUCCCUCUUUAUGGCUCCAACUUCAAUAGGUCUUUAGGGAUUCAAGUCCACUCCAUGAUACAUAAACCGGCUUUUAAUGCGCGGCCGAGCUGGGGGAGGAAGCCGCUCCAGCAGCACCCGGCCAUAGGGCGGCUCUCGGCCGAGGUAGGAUCGUCGUCUAGGAGGUUCUCGGCGGCGGUGGAGGGCUUUAGAUGGGAUGGUGGUGGGAAUCAAGAUCAUGACUUGAAAAAGUUGGACUUGUCUCUCAAGUUAUGAUUUUUUCUUUCUAUAUUUCGGUUUGAUUUUCUUGCUUUUUUUAGAUUUUGGAUUCUUUUUGCUGAAUUUCUUUAGGAUAAAUGUGUAAGUAUGUAUAUUAGAUUAGAAUUUUGUUGCUUUUUAGUUUUUUCCUUUCAUUUUCUGCAAUUUCCGGUGUAGAUUUGGAAUUGAAUUUCAAUAAUGAGAAGUGACUCGAAGCAUAAUAAGUACUUCCUCCGUUCCGUA